AAAGGACAUGCGUUUUAAGAGUUAUCAAGCAUAAUUUCGGUGAGCGUGGUUCUGUCACUUGAUUAUUUUCAUCGCUCUCGGGUAGUUUUGUCACACAACAAAGGAUUUAUCAAAAUGAAGUCUUUCUACUGUUUGGAUGUUAUCAUUUGUUCGACAGUCGUUGUUGUUGCCUUAGCUGGAUUCGCCGACGCUGAAACCGAGCAACGGAGUUUAUUUGAGCUGGAGCAGAAAAAUCGCCGCACAGCCGGUGGACCCUCCGGACUCAUAGCGUUCCCGCGCGUUGGCCGCAGCGAUCCCAAUUUGAUGAAUAAUUUGCAUGAAGCUGAAAUCUCAGCGCUCGGCGAUGGCGUCAUGUACCCCGCCUCCUUGGAGGACUAUGAAGUUGAAUAUCCCAAAAGCGAAAUGAAGCGCGCCAGUUUGAUACCCUUCCCACGGACUGGACGCAGCGACAGCGAGUUGAGGAAGUGGGCGCACAUUAUGGCGCUGCAGCAGGCUUUGAACAGAGCUACCGGUCCCAGCGCUACUUCAGGCCUCUGGUUCGGUCCACGUUUGGGUAAACGUAGUGUGGAUGCGCAACAACAACAGCAAGCGCACAAGUCGCCAGCCAGUGGCCAAAAGGAGCUUUACUAAGCGCUGAGCGACGAUGUGACGAGCGUGAUACACACGAACAACAACAACACCACAGUACCAACAACUUUGACGAACCGCAAACGAUUAGGAUGACGAUUAUAGGACCACUGAAAUCAUACCACAAGUUAACCAAAUGUUAAGUUAGCGCAAUUCUCAUAGCCGUAAAAACAAAAUUAAUUUUAUGCAAAAGCAAAUGAAAAUUUCCAAAAAAUCAAAAAAUAGCACAAAACAGGCGCUUAAUAUGUAAAGCAAAGAAACGUAUGCAGAC